CAGUUCCUGGACUCGAGCGUAUUUGUGAAGGCGCUGCAGUAACAGCGGACGCAUCGCGGUGGCGUCUACUUUCUGCGCACUUUCGAUGUGGCGAAACGCGGGGUGGCAAAAAGCAAGCUUUACUUCAGGGGAGAGCUUCUGCCUGGAAAGUUAAAAGAGAAAGCAGAAAACUAGAUACUUGGGAGAUAUUAAGCGACCCGAAUCGCAUUGAUCGGGUGCAUCCGGUGCUGCCGCAAUGGACGGACUGGCAAACAGCUUAGAUGAUGUGUCGGCUGGCAGUAGUCCUGAAUUUCUUGAUCGGCUUUCUGUGAUGGAGGUAAGACUACAGACACAAGAGGAAGAAAUCACAUUGCUCAAGUCGGCUCUGACUGAUACAUUGCGCCGGAUCCGUAUAUAUGAUGAACAGAUACCGCUUAUAAAGCAACACAUCAUUGCAGUUAAUCCCGCAGCUGCAGCAGUCCUAAAUCAUCCUUGUUUCACUGAUGGUAACACAUGCCUCCGAAAAUUGCCUAUAAGCUGUGGCCUUGAUUGUCUGCACCGUUCUUCAUGUCCAAGUUAUGUAGGAGUUCCAGUGGAACAAGAUGGAUUUAUUGAAAGAAAUUCUUUAUCAAAUAAGAAAGAAAAGUCUGACCAGAUUUACAGAUUGGAUGUAGGGACACAGACUGAUGAAUCCCUGGUGGAUUACCUUCAGCACAGUACAUUUUCCUUUCAUCCAGCAACAGAAAAUGAUGAUAUGGAUCUAAAGUGUAGGACUUCUUCCACAAAGAUUUCAUUUUUACAUACCCGAGCAGUUCAAAGCUUGUCCUUGGAAGAUGCCUUAAUCCCUGAAUCUCCAUUAUUAAAGGAAAAUGUAAAAAACAUUAAUUGUCUGCCAGAGCCAGCAUUAGAGAACCCCCCUAUGACUUCCUGGGCCAACAUGGUAGAAGAGCAACCUGUUAGGCCAACAUAUGUAAGUGGACUUCUUCAUGACCAACAGCAAUUAGAUUUGCUGCCUAAACAAGAUAGAGAUGCUGCAAUACAAGAAUAUGAUGAAUCCCACUUGCCUCCUGUUGAAGAGGGAAAAGAAACAAAUCACAAGCAGCUUACUCUUAAAGUCAAUCUGGAAGAUGACAUACCUGGGAAAGUAAAAGAGCCAAAUCAGUUUCCUCCCUCUCCAUCACAACUCAGAAAGAACCAAAAUCCCACUUCCAAAAGUGGCCAUAUGUCUCCUGUGUCUACAGUGACAGAGAAUGAGAAAAAACCACUAAUUCGCAGGAAUAGUUCUUCUGACAAGCUGGUGAAAGAAAAUCUUGAUAAGAAUAAGCAGAAACUGGCUAAGAAAACAGUAUCUUCUAUAAAUCUCCUAACACGGUCUUCCAGUUUAGAAAACCGUAAAGAUCUUGUUUCCAGUUCAAGCUCAUUUGUGUCCAGGCGAUUAAAUCAAGAUAUUCCAAUCAAGAUGUUUAUUCGAGGACGACCAAUCACUAUGUACUGCCCUUCUAAUAUUCAGAACUAUGAAAACCUGAGGGUAGAGCAGCCGACAGAAAAGCUGGAUCUCGAGUGGGCAUAUGGUUAUCGUGGACGGGAUUGUCGCUCCAACCUCUACUUGCUACCUUCUGGAGAAGUUGUGUAUUUCAUUGCUUGUGUGGUGGUCUUGUACCACAUUGAUGAUCAGACUCAGAGACACUACCUUAAACACACCGAUUGUGUGCGCUGUCUUGCUGUCCAUCCAGAUAAAGUGCGUGUGGCUACAGGUCAGACUGCUGGAGUUGAUAAAGAUGGAAAGCCUUUGCAGCCUUUUGUCCAUAUCUGGAGUUCAUCCACCCUACUGACCCUUCAACAGAUUGGGCUGGGUUGUUUCGAGCGAGGAGUUGGUUCCAUUUCUUUCUCAAAUGCAGAUUUUGGGUCACUUCUCUGUGUGGUGGAUGAUUCCAAUGAACACAUGUUGUCUGUGUGGGACUGGAACAAGGGAAUCAAGCUUACUGAAAUAAAGAGUACCAAUGAAGCUGUGUUUGCUGUUGAAUUCAACCCUACUGACAGCAAUAAUAUCAUUAGCUGUGGAAAGUCCCAUGUGUAUUUCUGGACUUGGAACGCUGGCACUCUGACUAAAAAACAGGGCAUUUUUGGGAAAUACAAGAAGCCGAAAUUUAUCCAGUGUUUUGUAUUCAACAAGAAUGGUGAUGUUCUGACAGGUGAUUCAGAAGGAAAUAUCCUGACCUGGGGAAAAACUGCAGCUGAUACCAAAACUUUGGGUAAAGGAGCAAAAGAGACUUACCAGAUAGUGAGACAGACUAAAGCACAUGAGGGCAGCAUCUUCACUCUCUGCCUUCUCAAGAGUGGUGCUCUGCUUAGUGGUGGGGGCAAAGAUCGAAAAAUUAUGUGGUGGAGCAAAGACUUGACUCUAGACAGGGAAGAUGAGAUUCCAGAACAAUUUGGAGCAGUGCGAACUAUAGCUGAGGUGAAAGAGGAGGAGCUUCUCAUUGGUACCACCAAAAAUGCCAUUCUACGUGGGAAAUUCUCAGAUGGGUUCAGUCCAAUAGUUCAGGGCCACACAGGUGAGUUAUGGGGUUUAGCAACUCAUCCAUUUAAGAACAUGUUUCUGAGCUGUGCUCAUGACAAGCAAGUGUGCCUAUGGAAUGGCUUGGACCACUCAUUGGAAUGGAGCUCAACACUAGAGGAAACUGGUCUGUGUGCAGACUUCCACCCUAAUGGAAAUGUUGUUGCUGUUGGUCUCAAUACAGGAAGAUGGGUAGUAUUAGAUAUUGAGACCCGAGAGGUUGUGUCUGACUUUACUAAUGGCAAUGAACAACUUUCAGUAGUUCGCUACUCACCAGAUGGUGUCUAUUUAGCAGUAGGAUCCCAUGACAACUUCAUAUAUAUCUACACUGUCACUGAAGCAGGGAGACGAUACACACGCUUUGGCAAGUGCACGGGUCACUCUAGUUUCAUCACUCAUCUGGACUGGUCCAAAGACAGCAAGUUCAUCAUGUCCAACUCUGGCGAUUAUGAGAUCUUAUAUUGGGAUGUAGCAGGAGGAUGUAAACUGAUACGGAAUCGCUUUGAAAGCAAGGACCGGGAAUGGGCUUCUUACACUUGUGUGCUUGGCUUCCAUGUCAUAGGUGUAUGGCUGGAGGGAUCAGAUGGAACUGACAUCAAUGCACUUUGUCGUUCACACAAUGAGCGAGUUGUAGCUGUGGCAGAUGACUUCUGUAAAGUUCAUCUCUUUCAGUACCCUUGUCCUGUUCCCAAGGCACCAAGCCACAGAUAUGAUGGACAUGGCAGCCAUGUGACAAAUGUUCGCUUUACAUACAGUGACAGCCACUUGAUUUCCAUGGGUGGCAAAGACAUGAGCAUCCUGCAGUGGCGCUUGGUGGGAGGAAGCCUGGACCGCAGUAGUUCCGUCUCCUGCACAUCUAUUGGAUCUUCGGAGACAGGAGGCUGUGGCUGAAUACCAAGCAACUACAAGUGUGACAGUGUCAUUGUAAAAUAAUUUUCCUUAUGUUGUUCAGCUUGUAGCUGGACUUCUUAAAGAAACAAGAAAGUCUGUGUGCAUUUAUUGUGACAUGGUAAACUCAAUAAAACACUGAGCAGCAAUUCGGUCCACACACACACACUCUCAAUACAGCUGUUUGAAUAGACUGGUUCCAAUGAGAAUUGAGUAAUAAUUUGGUGAUGGUCCUGUUUAUGAAUGGCUAAGUAGAUGCUGAAUGAUGAUGCACUACCCAAUAUAUUUUUAUAACCAUGAGUGUGUCAAAUUAAUGCAGUUAAUACAGUUUUCUUGUUUAUAAUAAUCUUCAGUUACUUGAUUUUCUGUUAUUCUAUUCUUGAUUACAACUUCAGAUUUAUAAGAUCUAAUGACUCUUGGAGUUAAUAUUGUUAGAAUUAUUAUUGUGACAUUUCCUAUGAUGCAGAAAUUGAUCUAUUAACAAUUUUCCACCCAAUCAGACCAAAUGAAAAAUUCAUCUUACAAACUAGAAAGAUCACUUGUACAAUGAGUUAUAUUUUUGUGUAAUACGUUUUACAUAUUUUUGGAAUUCUUAAGUAAAAUUGGUGAUGAGCUCAGUCUUGUAUGAGCCUCGGAGGAGAAUGGUCCCUGUCUACUUGACCAGCCUUUGUUCUCAUUUCUUUCAUUUUUUCAUUUUGCGUAAUGUCUUAUGCAACAUAUUUAGCAUGUUCUUCAUGAAUUUAGUUUGCACAAAGUCUUAUACUAUAAUUCUGCAUGUCGUUACAGUUAACCACCAUACAUACAUACAACAUUAUGGACCUUUCCCACCUGUACUGUGACAUUCUUGAGCUAUUAAUGUUGAGACUUCAUGUUUUUUUGCUCUGGUCCUGUGGGAAGAGAGGUCCUUUAUUACCUGCUUUCAUUACCACAGCGGUGAUCUUAUUCCAAAUUCUAUUUUUUGUAGUCUCAAACAAAGGCUGCUGCUCCCCUUCAGUCUCUUGACAUAAAUUUAGUUUGACAUGUAUCAUUAUCAUAACUGUAUCACUACCUUGCUUCAGUCUAGGUGUUCUAUUUCUGAGAAAAAAAAACUUAUUUUCCAAUGCAAUACAAAUGUAACUUAUUUUUUAUAUGCACUUUUGUAAAAUGCCACUGCCAUUUGUAAAGUGAAUCUAAUUAAUUAACCUUUUUCAGUAACAUGAAGCUGAUGAUUUCAGAAAAUGUAAUAAUAUUCUCAUGUCAGAAAUAAUUAACAACCAAAGUAAUUUGAAUUUUACUUAAAAUUAAAUAUAACCAGUUUUUCCUCAUUUCACAGACCGAAAUGGAACAUUGGCACCUCUUAAUUUUCCAGUGGCUUUUGUUAUUGAGCUAGAUGGGGUAGUAGCAUUCUCUUCUCCCUCUGGAGUCUUUACUCAGGCUCAUCCAAAUUUAAAUGUGUGUUAAAUAGUUCAUAUUAUUUAUCCAACCAGAUUCCUUUAAACUCUAAAGUCAAUUCUUCUAUGAUAUAAUAAUGAGCUCCUUGUCCUGUAGUUAAAGAUGUUUCCGACCUGUCUGGAUAGGGCUGUUCCUCUUUAAUCGUAAUAUGUCUGCAUGAUGUUGGUCACGUGUGACAGCCUCACUGCCCUGUUUCUCUGUGGGUUAGGUUAAGGGUUAGGGUGCAUUGUGUGUUGGUCUUGUGCGUGUACGAGUGAGAUGGUGUGGGAUGGUCCGGUCCUGUGCCUGUUGCCUCCAGGAUGGAUGUUGAUCCCUGUGAGGCAAGUUUGAUAUUGGAUAGAUGGACAAAUGUUGCAGGUGACUGACAUUAAUGAUUGUGUUAAGGGUAGUCUCUGAGUGGCUAAGGCAUUGUCUAAAUUAAUGAUGGUGAUUUUUCUGUUAAAACUUGUUUGUUUACUUUUUCAAUCAUUUUUUUAUUUCUUAUUUUGUUGUGUUUCAGCAGAGUAAGAGUGAAUUGUAUCUUUGUAUUAUAGAGUACCAGAGCUCAAACAGCAUACAUCGUAUGGUCUGUUUAUUUUUUAAUGAUUAAUUUGUUGAUUGAUUAUGCUAAUGGUAUGUAGUAGUGAUUACAUUUAUUAGAUGGUUUAUUCAAAUCAAACUUCAGGUCACUUCUGUAUUCAUUAACAAAUACAAGUAUAAAAUUGUGAUCAUAUAUUUGUGUUGAAUGAUGGCGCAGCUUCUCUGUUAUGACAAUGAAGAGGUCUCUUUAUUUUCUCUUACCUUGAUUAUUGGUAGCAGACAAUUCCUGUUAGUGAGUAGAAACGACAAGAGUUGCUCUCUGCUCCUAAAGUGCAUGUUGGCUUUAUACCGCACACAUUUAUAAAGACAAAAACUGGUCCAAAGUUUGUCUUACAACAAGAAAUCAAAAGUAGUACUUUAUAAAGUGAAUUUGUACUAUUUAGAACCCAAAUACAGAAUCAUUUCAUUUCACAUUCUGUCUAUUUGUCCCUUUCAUAGAUUAUUAUCAAUGGGCUGAGAGAGAAGGCAUCUGCUGACUGAACACCAAAGAAAUA